UUUGUCUUCUCUCUCUGCUUUCUCUCUUCGAUCCGUGAAGGUGUUCCGUGAUAUGGUGUGAACAAAAAUUGGAAAAAUUUCAUAAUUUCCAGUGUCCCGUGCUGUAAAAAUCCGAUAAAACUACAGCCCAAACGACAGAGCAUCGGAAUAGUGUGCGGAAACAUCGUAAACGGAGAUUUACUACAUAAUUAGCAGAGGCAGACAGAGAGAGAGAGAGUGACAGAGAAGCAGUUAGCGUUAAGUUAGGCAGAAAGAAAAGAGAGAGAGCCAAGCGAUCCAGGUUUUCUAGACGACGGCCCCACAGCAGCAGAGUCCCAUUUUAUAUCGAUUGCGCACAAGUGCUUAGCAGAAUAAAACUUCCCAAAGCAGCCAUUUUUGCCCAAGUACCUGUUUUCUAAGCGAAUCGAGCAGGCCGCAGCAAAACAAAGCAGCAGAAAAGGCGAGAGAACAACAUGCAGUUCCAAGGCGCAGCACAACCGCACCAGGGUGGAUUCCGUGGACCUCGCCCGGAGAAAAACGAUUUCUAUGUUGGCCAGCCCGGCAGCAAGCCGCCGCACUUCAUGAACAAGCAGGGCCCACCCUCGAUUCCUCCGUUCAACGCGAACGCGUUCGGAGGCCCGAAACCGAUGUACCAGCAGAAUGCUAUUAACGGCGUUGGCCCGGGUGGGUUUAACAAGUUUGGUGGAGUGGGCGCCCGGUUCGGCGGCCAGCCCGGUACCAUGCCGAAGAAGGACUUCGGUGGACCGAAAAUGUAUGGACCGGGAGGCAGCAAGCCGUACGGUGAGGACAAGCCAUUCGACACGUUCGGUGGACCGAAGAAGUACCAGAGCACGAACCCAGGCAUGGGAAUGGGCGGAUAUGGUGGUGGCAUGGGAAACCGCAACGGGUACGGCAUGCGUUCGGACUACAACGGCUUCAACAAGGAUGACCGGGCAAAGAUUCAGUCGCUGAAGGCGAAGUACCCGGGUCAGAAUCUGAUGAAACCGAUGUGGGAAAAUCUGGAACCGUUCCAGAAGGACUUCUACGUACCGCACCCGAACGUGAUGGCCCGUUCGUCCGAGGAAGUGCAGACGUUCCGCGAGCAGAUGCAGAUCACCGUGAUGGGCAACAAUGUGCCGCAUCCGUGCCAGAACUUCGAGGAAGGUAACUUCCCGGAGUACGUGAUGACCGAGAUCAAGAAGCAGGGUUUCCCACGACCGACCUCGAUCCAGUCGCAGGGUUGGCCGAUUGCGCUGAGCGGCCGCGAUAUGGUCGGCAUUGCGCAGACCGGUUCCGGCAAAACGCUGGCCUACAUGCUGCCGGGCCUGGUACACAUCUCGCACCAGAAGCCGCUGAGCCGUGGUGAGGGACCGAUUGUGCUGGUGCUUGCGCCGACACGCGAACUGGCACAGCAGAUCCAGACCGUAGUCCGGGACUUUGGUACCCAUUCGAAACCCAACAUCCGCUAUACGUGCGUGUUUGGAGGAGCACUGAAAGGACCUCAGGUGCGUGAUUUGGAGCGCGGUGUUGAGGUGGUUAUUGCUACCCCUGGUCGUCUGAUCGAUUUCCUCGAGCGGGGCAUCACCAACCUUCGCCGCUGCACGUACCUCGUACUGGAUGAAGCGGAUCGUAUGCUUGACAUGGGUUUCGAGCCCCAGAUUCGCAAGAUUGUGGAGCAGAUCCGUCCGGACCGGCAGGUGCUGAUGUGGUCCGCAACCUGGCCAAAGGAGGUACAAACGCUGGCGGAAGAUUUCCUGCGGGACUACAUUCAGAUCAACAUUGGCUCGCUAAGCCUGGCGGCGAACCACAACAUUCACCAGAUUGUCGAUGUGUGCGAGGAGAACGAAAAGGAGGGCAAGCUGCUGAAGCUGCUGAAGGAAAUCGCUACGUCGGAUGCGACGAACAAGAUAAUUAUUUUCGUCGAGACAAAGAAGAAGGUGGACGAUUUGCUGAAAAACAUUGUGCGCGAUGGGUAUGGGGCAACGUCGAUUCACGGCGACAAGAGCCAAACCGAGCGUGACUAUGUGCUGCAAGACUUCCGGCAUGGCAAGAGCACCAUACUGGUGGCGACGGAUGUGGCGGCACGUGGUCUUGACGUGGAGGACGUGAAGUACGUGAUCAACUUCGACUACCCGAACUCGUCGGAGGAUUACAUCCAUCGUAUUGGGCGCACGGGACGCUGCUCGCAGUACGGAACGGCGUACACAUUCUUCACACCAAACAACGGACGCCAGGCACGGGAAUUGCUGUCUGUGCUGGAGGAGGCAGGUCAGCAACCGACGGUAGAGCUGAUUGAGAUGGCCAAGCAGGCACCGGGCGGCAAAGGGGGCCGACUGCGUUACUCGGUUCGUGGCAGUUACGGUGGUAGCAGCAGCAUGAACAGCUACCAGCGUCGACCACCGUUCAAUGGUGGUGGUGGAUUCGGUGGUCCGCCCAAAUACGGCGGCAUGCAGAACGGGCCCAUGGGCGGUGGUAACCGUAUGGGUGGAAUGCCGAACAAGUUCCGCGACGGUGGUAUGUACCGGGGCGAGAACAGCUGGAACAAGGGUCCGAACGGACCGGCAAUGAUGGGAGGCCCGGGUGGCUAUCAGUCCCACUCGCCCCAGUCACCGCAGGCUGCUGCAGUGGCGGCCGCUUCCGGUCAGCAGAUGUACGAGGCGCCGCAGGCACAGCUCCGUGCGUACCACCCGAAGAACAUCUAUCCGGGACAGUAUGACGACUACACGGCACUGUUUGCGGGCGGUGCGGCAGCAGCUGCUGCGCCGGGCGGUGGCAUGCGCUACUACCAGAACAAGGCACACCAGGGUGGUCCGGGAGGCAUGCAGCCAGGAUCGCAGCCGGGCGGACGUUACAACCCGAACGGCGGCCAGUUCAACAUGGAUGGCACCCCGAAACCGAACAACGGCCGUGGAACGUAUCCACCGAAACAGUACAACAAUAGCUACGCUACCGGACCGGCCAAUCCGAGCCAUCAGUAUCCGCAGCUGGCAGCGGCCGCUGCCGCUGCUGCCGCUGGGCAAACCAUUCCGACGGCGGCACCGGCCGGAUUCACCGGAUUCGAUCCUACCGGUGGACUGCAGUACCAGGCAUCGUACCCGAUAACGGCAGCGACCGCCACGUACUAUCCGUAUCCGGCGGCCACCGCUCCACCACCACCACCCCAGGCCCAGGCGGCCCCGGUCGUUCCGCCGGUACAGCAGUAAGGUGCCGGAACACACAGCAGCACCCACGGAAACACGAUCGGAGAGAGAAAGCAAGGUUAGUUUUUAGUAUCUUCCUUAUUUAUCCAAUCCACAAUACCAUUACCUAAAUAGUACGAUAGAAAUCGAACUGCACGGGAGGAAACAUUUUACACGUAUCGAUUUGGUUUAGUAGAGAAACACGAAAAGGGUAAACAAAUCAGUAAGAAAGUAUCUCACGCGUUCGAAGGAAAAGAGCAGCAGUGGGUAGAGGGGCAAACUUUGCCCCCCCCUUUUUUUGACAAACUUGCAGCGCAAAGUUUCUCGUACGUUAGCAAAAAGAAAAAAAAAGCAACCUCCCAACUAAUUAAUAUUAUUUCCUUCCCUUCACUAUAUCGUCUGCCGGAAGAUAGAAAACUUACGUUGCUGAAACUUCUGAUCGCAAGAAAGCAUACUAACACUAUAUACAAUAUAACCCUUUUGUCGCAAAUGAUUAUAUGAGAAGAUAGGCGAGAUAAUAUGAGAUACACAUUAAACUCGUGUACGCGCGCUGCUGCUGCUGGCCGCGGCCCUCCGUAUGGUUAAGAGAGAGAGAGAGAGAGAGUCUUUUGCAGGCUCGUGCAAAUAGGGCGAAGCGAGCCAAUGAGGCAAACAGCGAUCGCGAAGCGAGUAUAUACGAUAUACAUUAAUGUUUUGAAUUUUUACAUUUACUUUUCCUUAUUGCAACAGUAACAAAUGUUAUGCUAAACGAAAACAAACAAAGCUAUGUUAAAAGGCAAGAAGCGCUAAAGCGCGUUGCGCGCCUUUUACACGCAUAACUAGCGGGUCGGUUUUUGUUUGUGCGUGCGGACGAAAGUGAAAGUGAAACUAACCCGCGCCCUGAAGUACACAUCUGUUUUCAGUAGUAGUCAGUAGUGAGAAUAGAAAACAAUUUUGUUAAACGAACGGUCGUCAUUCGAAACACUUCCUACGAAAACCAACCGUGUGUUUGCAUGCAAACAAUCGUAUGCACGGGGGAACAAAGCGAAAGAGUGAAGGAAACAAGACGCGAGUGUGUAUACUCUCAAAUCCUCCCUUUUGAAUUUGCUGAUUGUUAAUAGUGGAAAAGCAUUUUUGGGCAAAGUGUGUAGACAAAACCAAUAGGUCCAAUCAGAUUCCCCCAUCGUCGGCUCAUACUGGCAACGAUACAGGGAGAGCAGCGCGGCCUAGGGCACAAGAUCCCUUUUUUUUCUGCUUUGCCUAAUCUGUGCUUGCCAGCAUGAUUGGAUCCGAUUUAUAGGUAUAACCUGGAAACGGGAUAUCGCUCUAGGAGGGUAUCCCAGGCAGUAUUCUUCAGAACGACACAGAACUGAAUCUCUCUUUUAAUUUGUUGUGACUUAUUUCAUUGGUUAAAAUUUAAAACAAACAACAAACACGUACAGCAAUUUCAAAGGAUCAAAAUAGGGGAAUUCUCUGGUAUUGUGAUAAGAAAGUUUCGCUUGCUUAAAUAAUUGCAAAGAGAUGGCGAGCCGCAUAUUUGUUGGAAUACCCACACAACAACAACACACAGCAAAAUGGGAAGCAUUAUCUUCCACAAUGAAAUGCAUACGUAUGCAGUAUUUGUGCUCCUAUCACUAACUGUUGGGAGAAAAGUAUAAUUUUUAAAUGCCACCAUGUUAAGAAAAUUGCUAGUCUCCUUGAUAUCACACAAAGGGGUUCGCCAGUUCGUUACAUAUAUUGCAUAUGUAAGCGAAUGUCCUGUGAGUGUGUGUGUUUUUUUGUUGGUCCUUUACCUAUUCUUUUCAAUCUGUUACGUUAAAUCACACACCCACCAAUAGUUAACGGAUACAUUCCUUUUGCACUCCGAUGUAUCAGACCAGUAGUAAGAAGAAACAUAUAUUCCAGCCUUCCAAGUCAAGUGUGUACCUGUUAAAUCAUCUCCCUCGGAACGAGAAUGUAGUGGUGGAACAGCGAACGCAUAAUGUUCACCUCGCGACAGUUCGACGAAUCUCUUGCAUAUGAAGUGAAGGAGAUUAGUGAACCAAAACUGCAAGAUGCUACUUAUAAUAGUGCAGCUUGUCGCCACACACACCUAGACACAACAUAUGUACGAUAGGCAUGUGUUACGUUCUUAACAUUGUCCUAUUUUUGUUGUCAAAACCACUAUCACAUAGCGUGUGUUGUGUGCGUGAAGGAAAAGCGUCUGACUCGAUGCGUUCGUGUUAUGCUUUCAGUAAGUCCUCGCGCAUUAUAUCUAGUCAGAAUGGCAAACAAAAGUCCCCCCCGCAGGCAGGUGGUGGGUGUGAUGUUGAAGGUAGUGUUUGUGACCACACAUGACAACAUGCUAUUUAGACGAUGCGAAUACGAAAAAGCAUGUGGAAGUAGCAGUUCAAUCAUUGCCCCAAAAACAACAUUACUCGGUCAAAACUAUACUUCACUCUGGCACAAUGUGUGUAUGUGUUGUGGCAAGUGUGGUGUCGUUAGGGCGGCUCACCUGACGCAGCCGAGAUAUAGUAGUGGUUGAUGAUGCUGGUAAUGGGGUGAUCUUCCAAGCAAACAUAGCAGACAUAUAAUGUCCUGGGAAAUUGACAUUGUUCAUAAACACACACACACAAACUACUAACAACACAAACCAAACAAAAUGCCUUCUGUAAACUGUGAUCGAAUCUCGUGUUCCUUAUUCAAUUGCUGCGUUUGGUGGUGGUAUCCAGAGCGCCGCGCGUUGCGUGUGUGAUUUGAAGGUGAUUUUAGCUCACAAAGAGGCACAAACAAACUGCACAUUUGUAUUUUUGUUUGUCUGAUAAAAUUAAAAAAAGGACAGGUAGAUGAAAUAUGAUUCUGCCCCUUGUCUGGACUGGGAGAAUAAUAUGGUAGGGCAGGCAAUUUUUGUGUUAGAGGAAAAAACCACACCCUACAAGCGGAAUGUAAUUGGUGUUGCUUACUUUACCGAAUUCUUCAAAGCAAAGGCCAUGGAAAAGAAAAAACACAGACAAUUUUACCAAAUAUUUGGACCUUUGAAGUAUUAGCGAUUAGGUUUGAUUCCAGAGUUUAAUUUUUUUGUUUAAUGUAUUCCGUGCCUGUGUGAGCUAAGGCCUAGCGAUCGUACACUGUGCGCUCUUCUUUACACAUGGGAGCCCCAUGCCUCUCUACUCGCAACAGCAGAGGCUCAUGUGAUAGACCUGGGUUUUGUGGGAUCGAAAGUAGAGGGGGGAAAGGGGGAUGGGAGUGGGAGAGAGAAUAUGGUGAACGUUGUUCCGGGUCGAAUAAGGAUCACCGAUAGACUGAUGCAUAAUGCUCCCCCCCCCCCCCCGCGGAUUCGAAUACACGCGCACACACACACACACUUUUCUUACAAUACUACAAAACGGUAGUAGGAAAACAAAGUCCUAAGAAACGAAUAAUCCCACCAACCAUAAAGUGCAGAUAGCGCAUUUUAUUUCAUUCAAUUAAGAACAACAUGAUCGGUGAAAUCAAGUAUCGUUAUGCUGUUAUGCGAUGCAUGGAAGAAGCAUACCUAGAGCAUACCACUUUUCUCUAAGCCACGGUAUAAAGCUGUGUGUGGAAAACAAGUGUUUGGGGGAGAGGGGAAAGGCGAAUAAUUACUGUAAAAGCAAAAAAAAGUAAUUACCGAACACGAAAUGCUCUUUGUUCGUUGUGCUCUCUUUUCCCCCGGAACCAGCAGAUCUCGCGGUAUGAUUUUAAAUCGCUUUACUUGCCAAAAAUGCAUUGCAAACAAUUGGAAAUGCAUCUUUAAAAUGUACGCUGCUCGCCUCUCUGUUUAGGGGGGGAAACACGUGUAUAAGGAUUCUAUCAUUUAGGUUUGGGUUAGCGGGGUUGCCCUUUUUGAUUAGCGAAACGAAACACAAGAGAAUCGAAAUGAUCCCAUGCUGUACUAUUGUUGUAAUUGGGCCAAUAAUCACCAUCACAACCCGGUCACAACAUCGCGUUCCACUGCUGAAGAGUAGGUGUAUGUAGAACUCUCUUUCAGCCUUUGCCACAGAUUGUCUGCGGACAGUAAUUUACAAGAGGCCGGAAUACUUUAAAAUGGUCCUCCUCUUGGUGAGUGCGAAACUAUUAACAAAAAUGCUACACUAAAAUUCCCCGCAAACAUGAAGCAUACAGUUUAUAACACAGACUCAAAAAAGGUAUUUUGAGCAACAGAGAAGCAACACGCAAUCAGGAGGGAAACCAGGGAUAGGGAAUCAAACGACAAGAAGAACAGAAAAAAUGAGAACAAAACUUGUCGUAAAAUUUGCAAAUCUUUCACGCGAAGCUCUAGAUCGAAAUUGGAAAACCACAAACCACAAAGUUCGACUUGAUAAGGAAAGAAGAAACAAACGUAGAAACUGAAAAAGAAACAGAAAAUUGUCAAACAAUCCACUGGAAAAAACGUGGAAGAAGAUACACACGAAAGGAAAGUAGUAGAAUGAAACAAGUCGUUUGAUAAAUUUGUCGUCCUUCUUUUGCUAAUUACAUAUAUCCCCUUACACAUAUAUAUUACAUAUUACACACCUACACACACAUUAUUUUUUUAAUCUACUAGCAACUAAGCAAGUGUAUGUGUUUUUUGGUGUGUAUGAAUACGCUAUGAAGAAACGCAAUGUUUGUUAGAAGAAACAUGUUAAACUUGAAAAUAUUAUUUCCAAUCACUCCAACUCCACCAAUCCACGACGAUAUAACAGCUGACAAAAUAGCGAACAAAUUUGAUUUUUUCUUCAACAAACGUUGAAAUGGUUCACCGAUGUUCGAAUGUGCCAGGUCGAAACUGAAAUAGGCUUGUUAUAUGCAACUUUAUACAACAAUUGCACGUUCAGUAACGGAUACUUUUGUACGGUGAGAUGGAUGAGAAGCUCCAAAUUCAAAAGUCUUGCUGCGUAAACAGAAAACUUUCUUCAAUGUUCAGCUAGAGCUGGUUUAGUGUUUCUCGAUGCACACAAACACACAAGUAACAAGUCAUUGGUAUUAUUGGGAAAAAAGCAUGCGUGAGCCGUUCAAAUAUAUAUAUGGUCCCACGUGUAUUAUAUUUAACGCAUAUAAUGAAUACGUUUGCGCCAAUUUGCUAUGGAGAUGAUAACGGAAAACACACAAAUACACACGAAUCAUAUUAAUGUCUUAGAUGGAACUGGUAGCGUUUAAAGAAGAAGAAGAAAAAACGGCUAAGGAUAAUAUCUUAUUACAGUGAAUAAUCAGAUGCGUAACCGUCGUUUCGUCACAAAACAGAUCGAGGAACAAUUUUUUACUUUCUUAUGAACUUUUUAAAAGCAUCGACGAUCGAGUGAGAGAAAAGCGCAAGAAACAGACCGACAGACCGAGUUGUUAAAUCGAAAGAGCACAGGACUCAUGGUCAACAACAGGAAACAUCAGCAAGAUGAUGGAUGGUUGGCAGCUAAAAUCGUAACGCACCAUUUUUCAGAAGAAAAACAAUCUAUCCUUUUGCACAUACUAUAGAGAAAGCUCAUCAAACUAGAGCUAAAGAAGCUCCUUCUUUUGGCAUGCGUCGUCACCGUUAAAGGUGUUUUUUGUUUUGUUUUUGUCUGUUCUUCUUCUAAACCCACAUUCAUUGUGUGCUUACGGUUAAGGGGUUUUGCUGUGUAGUGAUUAGAUUUAAGUUUUUCUUUUUAACAGACAAAAAUGCGAAUACACAAGUUGUUGCAUGCCCGCCCGGUCAGGAAAAAAUCAACCAAAAUCCGAUUGAUCAUCGAUUCGUGGAGGAGACAAGGCACACGUGUCAGGUUAUUCUAGGUUUUUUAAAAUUAAGCACACUUCUCUUAUAGAACUUGCAGCAGACAAAAAACACACACACACAGACAUAGAAAUUUAUCACUGAAUUUUUAGUUCGCUGUGUAGCGUUAAAAUCAUCCACAGCAACAGGAAGGGGGGGGUAGUGUCCUUCUUAAAUUCUGAUUCCAAGUGUGAUAAAGCAAAGCGAACAUAAUUCUCUUCCUUUUGCACAAGUCGCCAUUUUUUUGUUUUGUUCGCUAGGUAAAUUAAUUCAGGUUUCAUUUGGGAUGCACGAAAAAUCCCCCGAAAACUAUACGAUAGUAAGCAUUAUUCAGCACACUCUGGAAAAAAAACCAAUGAAUAUAGAGAAGGGUGUAUGCUUCUCAAACGAUUCAAAAGAUGAUUCAGACUAAUGAUAAAAAUGGUAGGAAGGAUAGCGCCAAGAGCUAGAAACACAUGCCAGAAAAUAAUGGGUCGCACACUACACAACACUUACACGAUGCGAUCAACGUGUUGCAAAAUAUGCGCCCACGGAAGUGGAAGGAAGGGACCGGACCCCGUUGGACAUUACAUCAAAAAACGACCCAGUGUGGUUAUAUGUGUGUGUGUAUGUUUGUGUAUGAUCUGCUGAAAAAAAAAGAAAAGAAGAAAAAACACACAUUACCAGCAAGCCGAGCGAGUGUUGGUAUAGCAGACAUGUAAAAGAUGUAUUUUGCAUGCAUAUAAACGGAAAAAGCGUAAGAUAUCGCCAAUAAUACAUUUACAUAGCAAAAAUGUGCAGAAGCGGAAGGGAACGUACGAACCUUUUUGCUUUUUUCCAUGUCUCUGAAUGAAUGAUGAAUCAUGCAGCGAACAAAAGGUUUUCACAAAAAAAACGAACGAACGGAAAAAACACAUACAAUUACUACAAGAAAAGCUAUGAAUCUUAACCAGUUAUUAAAGGAACAAAAUUCUUUACAAAGAACGCAACAGGAAGGAACACAAAGCGGAAACAUUCUCAAGAACCCGGAAACAUGAGUUGUGUUGCGUAGCGAAGAUACUGAUAAUAACCAUGCAGGAAUAAUAUGUUAUGUGAAAUUCUCAAAAGCAUAUUUAAAAAAAGCAAGACACCUAAGCGAAACAUAAAUAGUACGGAACACACGACACACCAGGCACCCGAAUUUGGUUGAAUAGGGGUGAGAGCCAUGGUGUUGUUACCUCUCUGUUCGAAUACCUUCGAACACGUUACAAAGAAGAAAAAAAAAGGAAAAAUGUCGUCGGAAAAGCGGAAAAGAGACCAUUUUCUCGUAGACAUAAAUGUACGUCUCGUUGAUCUCAAUUGGUUUAAUGUGGGAAAGAUCCAAUAUGAACGCGCGAAUUUCGAACGAAAUCGAAAUUAGCCCCUAAAGCAAUCCGCGCACCUGUGGAGUGCGUGCAAAGGACUAAUUGCUAUACCAGGAAAAGUACCUUUCCUUGCAAAAUGGUGAUGAUGGUGGUUGUUGAUCAUCACCACCCCCUAUUCGUUGUGCAUGGCGAAGCACGAGGAAAAUCGUGCAGAAAAAGGCGGCAUUCGUCAAUAUGACGGUAAAAGAGGCAAACGAUUUUUUACCAAAAUCCGCUGAAACAUGUCCAAGUGUGCACUAAAAUGUGUUUCGAAGGACAACUUUCUGACAAAACAAAAUGGCUGUGUUGUGUGUGUAUGGCGCGCAGAGGAAUAAACAGAUCCCCUGCAUACAUACAGCCGAGCAACACACCACUACCAAAUAAGCAGCACCGCGCUUCCUCGUGGUGUGCUCCUCCCAUCCGAGAGUGUGUGUGUGUUCCGAGAAGUGUUCCGUGUUGUUGUUUUUUCGUUCCACACAGCAGGGUAUUUAACAUAUUAAUAAUAACUAUAUUUUUGUGAAAACACUAGAGAACGCUGAAUGAGCUCGAGAGACGGGAGGGAGAGAGAAAAAAAUGUACCAUUGUGAUAUUUUAUAUUUAAAGUUAAUAUGUAACAAACAAAAAACAUCCAAAAACACACAUAUACACUCAAGAAAAAACCACGAACGAACGAAGAAGACAGAACAGGCAAACGACCGGAAAAAGGGGGGAUAAAUCGGGGAAAUUCCUAACAACUAGGAGAAAAGGGUGUGCAAAAAAAAACACAAGCCACGUUCACGUUUUUUUGAAACAGAGGCACCAAAGGAAAAACGACGGAAACACAGGAAAGGCAGGA